AUCUCAAACUGAAUUAUGGUAUAUUCACCAGGAAGCGCUAAACCUGCAAGGUCCUUCUCCACCUCGGUGGCUAUGAAGCAGUUGGUUAAGCCUCCAAUUCAGCUGUUUGGAUUAGAGGGUCGUUAUGCUACUGCUCUUUAUUCGGCAGCCUCAAAGCAGAAGGCAAUAGAUGCUGUUGACAAGGAUAUGAAAACAUUUUCUGUCCUUUUGAAGACAGACUCCCAGUUUAAAGAGUUUCUCUUAAAUCCCCUUCUUAGCAAGGAACUCAAGAAGCAAGCUCUUGAUUCAGCAUGUGCUAAAAAGAAUGCCAGUCCCCUUACAGUAAACCUCUUCGGUGCUCUUGCUGAAAAUGGCCGAAUGUCAAAUAUAGAGGGUGUUGUUGCUGCAUUUGCAACUAUAAUGGCAGCAGUUAGAGGAGAAAUCCUGUGUGAAGUCACUACUGCUAAGGCAUUAGAUGCUGCUAUGAAGAAUGAGCUAGAGUCAUCCCUUAAAGCAUUCUUGCAGCCAGGCGAGAGCCUUCAGUUGAGCUUGAAGGUUGAUCCAUCAAUUAUUGGAGGCAUGUUAGUUUCGGUUGGUGAUAAGUACAUAGACAUGUCCAUGGCUUCAAAGAUCAACAGGUUUACUUCUCUCCUCCAGGAAGCUGUGUAGGUUGUGUUAAUAUUACUUAUGUAGAUAUGUAUGCCUCUUUAGGAUGGUUCUGGGGAUCAACACCCGUAUUACCUGGUCUCAAACCAGGUCUUCUAAAUUUGAAAAUAAAUACAGUGGGACUAAGAACCAUUAAGAAAUACAGGAAAAUGGCAAUUUUUAGAUUUAUCAGUCAGCUUACAUGUUGAGAUGGUUAUGAUUAUAAAAAUAUGCCAGAGUACAAAACAGUUAACAGCUUUGUUUUACACUUGCAAUAAGAUGGUAGUAUGUCCCUUUGUGAGUGUUUUACAAUAAUAAUAAUAAUAAUAAUAUAAAGUUGAUUUUUCUUCACUGCUACACUGUGUACAAAAAUAUACUGCAUGUAUCUGUAAAUUAAAGCUGGUAGAAA